AUGAUGUUGAGUGUUGUGUCGUUGUUCUUGAUGCAGAAAGAUGAUUAUGUAGCUGCGAGAGAAAGAAAAGGAGUUUUGCGUGCGUUCAAGAGUGAGGUGUCAAGGUGGAGAAACGGAUUGAAGCCAAGAAUUGAUUCACGGCUGAAGAUGGUGAUGAAGGUUUUUACAGAGAAAGAGAGUGAAGAGAGAGUUUGUGAUGUGUUUGUGGUGAUUCUCCAGAUUGUGAAGAAUGAGAGAGGGAAAGAAGAUGAAGAUGAAGAUGAUAGGAGAAGAGGGAAAGGAGAUGAAGCUUGUAGUGAUUCUCUAGAAAGAAUGAAGCAAUUACCAGAUUCAAAUGUGGUUUUCAAGCAUGGAAUUGGGUAUUAG